CGUCUCCGUAUUUGCGUGGUAGCACACCAAGCCAUGCAGAUCCCUCAGAGCAUCGCUGCUGCUGCGGCCAUCCUGAUUGUUGCCUCCAUCACCCCGUCUGAGGGCGCUUUAACUCGACACGACGUUAACGCCGCCAGGCCCGUGAAGUUCCGUCAAGGUGAGCAGUUCCUGCAGGGGAUGCGUGUGUCUCGUCUUUGAAUGAAUGGUGGGUGGGUGCAGCGUUGACGCAGAGGCUCGGGUCUCACGGCGAUGGCAUUGCCACCGACACUGUCAGCAGCAUCCUGCAGAACGGCACAGGUGCGCCACCGCGUCUCGUCUCAGAGCUUCUGAUGGUCAGAUGGAUGGGCGCGUGUUGCCGUGUGUGCAGCUGAGCAAGAAUGGACGCUCGACUGCAGUGGACACACACGUGAGCUCAUGGGGGAGAGAGUGAGUGAGGCACCCUUCCAACAGCUGCCAUCUCUGGUUGCAAUGCGCGACAUCAGGUUGCUCUCUGUCCGAGCCAUGCACGGCGGGUGCCGGAGGAGACAUGUUUGAGAUGUUCCAGGAGUGCUACACCAAAAAGACUUUCCUAGACGUGCUGACCGACAAGUUCCGCGGGGCCAUCAAGGACGGCAGUGCGCUGACUCUGAGGCAGCAGGUAAGAGCAUCUAUCGAUCAUGCUCGUCUUGAGCAAUGUUUCCGGAUGUCUGUACGUGUGGGUGUGUAUGCGUCAGUGCACCCGUGCAAGCCGCAAGAAGGCCACUGACCAGUACUUCAAGGCCCUUCAGGUGAGCUCGUACCAGUGUGUGUGAGGACGCGCUCUGUGUCUCUGUCUCGUGUCAGAUGAGUGAACACUACAACGGCUCCUACUACAGAAGAGCUCUGGGUCAGAUCGAUUCCGUCUUUGCCGACUGCGAGUGCUGCAUCAAGGAGACGGCAGUCUGACCAACUGACUGAUUGAACAAGAGCCUCAAGGGCGGGCAAACAGACCGACCCGACAUUAAUUCUCAAGUUACAUGCACAACAGAAUCUUAUCCUUAUCGACAGACACUGUUCGAGAGACAUUGGGUCAGCUCAAAGGGAAGGAGGAAGUGCCAGUCUGUCAGACAUUGCCUUGCAUCGCACAACACCAG